AUGAUAGCUCUGACGUUCGAGACUGAUCUCAGGCAGUUUGACAGAACUGGGGAUACGGCACGGGGCGCACAAGUCAAGCUAGUACUCAAGAUUAAGGGGCUUUACGUCACUGUGAAUGAGCCGACAUCAAGUGAACCCGAGUUGAAGAUGGAGAAGGAUGCUGCUUCAACGGUAGCGGCUAAUGCUGGAACGUCAACACUGGAUGCAUUGUCGGUGAUGCCACUCAAAGAUCGAGUGAUGAAGCAAAAGAUGGCUGCUUCAAUCAUUUUAGCGGUGUUGAGCGAGAAGAUAGCGUCUGAGGUGUAUUUAAUGGACAACCUACUCACGAUGAUUCGCCAUUUGCGCCUGACGUACAACGUAAAGUGCAGUGCAAAAUUAAAGCGUGAGUACAUGGGGCUUUACCUUGACGGAGAUGACGCCAUGGUAGAACAAAUCAAGACGACAAGACGUGUCCUUGAUGAGCUUCAAAAGUAA